AUGUUGUUGUUGCAGGGUGAACUUCAAGAGUCUGCUCAGAACCAGACCUCCACAUGGAGACCGAAAAAACGGACCCAGCAGCAGGAGCAGAUGAGCUUUCGUUUCAGACAGAAGAUCAAGUCCCAGACUCUGCUCGGCAGCGUGGAGCCGACAUCAGCAGGCUCAGGUGGCAGCAGCGAUGUGUGUUUCUUCUGCAACAUGCGGGUGUAUGUGAUGGAGAGGUUGAGCGCCGAAGGCCUGUUCUUCCACCGGACCUGUUUUGAGUGCGAGUACUGUGGAUCCACCCUGCAUUUGACCAGCUAUGCUUAUGAUGAGCUCAGCCGGAGAUUUUACUGCCCGCAGCACUACGACAUGAGGCUGAGCGCGCCCACCGCAAGGAAAAGAGCAGCAGCAAGUUUGGCCACUGACCUCCACACAUCCCACCGCAACUCCAUUGUAAGAGCCACUGAUGAUCACUAA